CACCGACGAGGCGUUUAUAAUGCCGUACAAGAGUUUUCGCCGUCACACGAACUAGGUUUCGAUAGUGUCUCGAAAUCAGCCAGCAGUAGCAGUAACAGCGGCAGCCCACUAGGCAGUAGUAAUACUUUUCAAAAGCAAUUACUACCAACAAAAAAAAUUUAAUACAGUUUAAAGUGAAUUUAAUUUAUAUAUAUUUUUAGAAAAUUUAACACAAAUCAGUUAUCCACUUAACAACAGCAUCAACAACAAAAGUUUAAUCGGAAAAAAAGCAUUGUAUAAUUUGCAAUUUAAUACACGAAAAGUAGUUGAAAGAAAAAAAAGAAGAGAAAAAAAGAGUAAGAAAGAAGGUCUUGCGACAGCGUAGUACAGAAAAAAACGAAGAGAGAGAGAGAGAAAAAAAAAACAAGUGAAUCCACGGGAAAAGAAAAAGAAGAAGAAAUCGUCAAGCAAACUCGAUAAAUAGUGUUCUUAUGUUGAAAUUUUAUGUGCGUGUAUGUCAUUUGAAAUAAAAGAAAAAAUCCUAAUCCAAAUCAUUGCGGAGACGAGAAGAAGAAACGAAAGAAGUUUAGAGACAUAAAGAGGAAAAAGGUUGCAUUUUCUUCUUUUUUUGGUUCGCAUUUUAUGGUGUGUGGCGUGCGUGUGUGUGGUGGAAAAAAAAUCAACCCAAAAGUGAAACCGAGGAACAGAAAGAAGAAAGUUAUUGCACCGAAAAAUCACGGCAUAAAGUGCAAAAAAAUAGUUUUGUAGUGAUUGUUUGUGUCAUUGUGGUAGAACGGAACUGUAAUUGCAGCAUAUAUAUCACAAACAAAUCAUACAUUACACAAAGCCAACCAACUCAAUUUUACUUAACCUGAUUUUGGCAAUUGAUUAGCACACAAACCAACAAACUGUUUGCUCCGUCCGUUUGAAAGAGAAGAAAAAAAAAUUGCUAAAGAAAAACUGAACACACACGCGUAACCAAGCAAAAAAAAAGAUUGAAUUUCAACAGAAAGAAGUGUAGUUUAAUUUUUGUUUCUUUUUUUUGUGUGUGUUUCGAUUUAAUCGAACAGUUAGCAGCCCUUUUAAUUUGAUUGACUACCGACUGCCAAUCGAAUAUCAAGCGCAUUUAAUCACACGGAGAGGAUCGUUCCCAUUACACAAGCGAACAAAAUUUGUAGCAAAACAUCACUUUGGUGAAAAUUUCAGCCGAAAAUACAAGGAAAAAUCCAACCUAAUUAUUUAUCGACAUUAAAUUCAUAAAGUGAAAAAACAGCAACAACAACAACAACAAAGAAACUGCAGUGCAAACGCACAACUAUUCCACUUCAACGGAUCGAAUAAAAAUUGAAUCACAGUGUAAAUAUAUUCUAUCGAGUGAGCGAUUUUGUGUGUUGUUUUAUUUCGAAACAUACAACAAAUCACAUCAACAACCAAUUUAUAGUUUAGCAAACAAACAAAAAAUAGAAGAAAAAAAAACACACAAGAAAUUUGUUUUUCUUUCGACGAAACUAAACAAAAUAAGCCCGCACCAAACAUUGAACAUUGGACUUAUUUAGUGUGAGUGUGAGUGCAUGUGCAUGUGUUAAAUCUCAAAGAAUUGACAGUUUCUGUUUGUAAAAGCCAUUGCCAAAAACGGAAAAAAUUGUAAAUAAAACGAAAACAAAACGUUGUGUGAACGAACAAGACUGACAAAGAACUGAAACACUUUCUGCAUUCGGAUUGAAAGUGCGGCGCAUAUAUACGGACAAUAAAUAGAAGAAGAAUAAGAAGAAGAAGGAGAAAGAAAAAAAAACAGAGCACGCAAAAACCCAUUUAAAAACGAAGAAUACGGUUCGCCAUUAAAACAGGUUGCAAAUAUCGUUUUGACUGUGUGUUGAACUGACAGAAGCGCGUAGCGUUUUGCUGAUGAGGUUUGUUUUACAGUAUGAGCACACUUGGUGGUAGUCGGGGGGAGCGCAAUGCAAAGCCCAAGUUUUCAGCAUUAGACAUCAACAGUCUCUAUAGAACUAGUCGCGGUGAAUCCCUUGAACCGUCAGCACAGAAAAACGCUGUUCCACGCAAACAUGGCAUGCAAACAUUGGGUAAAGUACCGUCAGCUCGCCGGCCCCCAGCCAAUUUGCCAUCAUUGAAAGCCGAAACAUCGACACCAACACCAGAUCAGAGCGGUUCAUGGCCUGCAGCUACUUCACCAUCGUCGAACGCAAAUAAUCAGCCAGCAUCAAGUCACGAGAAAUCCCAGCAGCAACAGCAGCAACAACAACAACAACAACAACAGCAGCAGCAACAACUUCAGCACCACCAUCACCAUCAGCAACAAAGUUAUCAAAGUAAAUCUGCAAACAGCGGCAGCGGUCACGCAAAUAAUAACAACAACAAUAACAAUAAUUCAUCAUCGACAACAUGGAGCGCAGUGACAAGUUCACACGAGCCGGCUAUACAAAAACCGCUACUAUAUCAAAGCCCACAAUUUCAGCACGAAUUUCCAUCAUUAGACGGCAGCAAUGCACAAGUACAAUCAAAAGGAAGUCGCGGCUCGGCCGGUGGUGGCCCAAAUCAAUCGGAUGCACACAAUCACAGCCACAGCAACAACAACCAAAAUGCCAAUGCAAAUGCUGCCGAUACACAAUUCGAACAAAAUCGCACAGAAAAAGAUGGAUACUUAGAUCCGAACACAUUGCAACAAGGCGGCGGAAACAGCAAUUCAUCAGCGGGCCUGGCCCACCAACAAGUUUUACCACCACAGUUUCGUGCAUUGAUGCCAACGUUCAUGCAACGCAUCAGCGGCUUCGAUAAUUUACCGCCCGAAACUGAACAGCUACAACAACAACAGGCACACCAACACCAGCAGCAACAUCAUCAUUAUCAGCAUCAACAGCAACAGCCACAUCAACAAUCGCAAAUGGGUGGCAAUCGUGACAACCGACGAAACUAUGGCAGACCCGAUGGCAGAGACCAACAAUAUCAAUCGUACAACAGAAAUUCACGCGAUCGCAACGAUGACCGACAGUAUCGCGGCCGCGGUGGACAGCCGCCCCGAUCGAACCGAAUCGAUCAGAAUCAAUACGAUGAUUAUGAUACAGGAUAUCAAAGCAUUAUUAAAGAGGAAGAAUUGGAACGCAUGGAUCAAAUUGUCAAGGAGGAUGGAUGGGUACAAGAUGAUGAAAUUGAUUACAAUCAAAAACUAGUAUUCUCCGAUGAUGACUCAGACACACCGCCAACAACAUCCCGCAGCAAAGAUGCAAAACGUGUUAACUUCAACGACAAGGAAGCGAGAGCUCAACGUGAAAUGGAAAUGCGAGCUGCUUACAAUCGUGAAACUGAACGCGAGAAAUUGGAUCGUGAUAACAAUGAGCGAAAUGAGCGGGAAAAAUUGGAAGCAACGCGAAUGCAACAAAACGGUCAUCGAAGCGGUCCACCCGUUGUCGAUGCUGAGCUAUUGGAACGCGUCAAGCAACGCAAAGAAGAAGAAGAGCGACGAGCAAAUGAACGACGAUUGGCUGCGGCUAAAAAACUUCAAGAAUUGGAGCAGAAAAUCAACAAAAAGAAAGAAUUGUCCGGUGAAAAUGAAAACGAAUCGAAUGCUUCAUCGUCUGCGCCAGCAUAUGGCAAAGGUGAGGCAAAUGAACCUCGAACAAAUGACAGAUAUCGUUCAGAUGAUGGCAAAAUUAGAGAUGGCAAGGAACCGCGUGAGUAUGGAAAUCGUUAUGAGUCGAAAUUCGAUCGUGACAUUGGCGAUCGAUCACGGGAUCGAGGCGCACCAAUUUCCAGCGGCGAUGCAUUCUUCAACAAACCAUACCAAUCAAAUUUGCCGCCACGCUUCCAGAAACAGCGCGAUCAACAAGACCGGCAUCCAUACAAAAGUGGUGAGUCGUCGGCGCCACAUCGACCAGGUCCGCGCGAACAAAUCCGUCGACCAAAUCAGUCGAUGCAAGCAUCGCACAUUAUGAAACGCAAUGUUGACGAUAUCAGAGAUAAACCGGCAUAUUCAAAGGGCAAUGCCAGCGGAGCAUACUCAACGCAUUCGAAGAGUUCGUCUGGACAAUGCGAAUCGGAAGAUGAUGAUCGUGUUAGUAGCGGUCGUGAAUCGAUAAGCCGUAGCUCAGUUGGUGAGCGAACGACGCAUUUGGCUCGCAGCACAUCCGAUUCAUCGCAACCAGAAUUUAAAGACAAGAUUGGAUCAUGGGCUGAUGAAAUGGAACUCGACUUCAAGCAACCACAGCGACAAAUUUCGAGCACAUCAAGCACAUCGGCCAACGAUGACAUUCAACCGAAACAGAUUUUACAGCGUGUGCGCAAGGUUUCAAUCGAUAGCCGCUCGGACAAAGAGAAAUCCGAAGAACGUGAUCUGUCCACGCAUUCGGCCGGCAACACAUCCAUUAAAUCGUUGAAUCAAUCGCAAGAAGAUGUCACCAAACAAUUUAUCACUUCGCCAAGUAUGAUCGAUGCACCGAAAUCAUGGGGCGAUAGUGUUCCAACCACCCCAGAAAUUGCCCGUAAAUCGAUUGAAGUUCUCAGCGAUUUGUCAAGUGUAACGGCUAAGACUACUGAAGCCGACAAAAAACCGUUGGAAAGUGUCUUGGAAAAUGAGCCAAGCGGCGGCGGCAUCAGUACUGAAAAGAAAUCGGACGAUAAAUCGGGUGUUACGGCCAAAAUUGGUCGUGGCUACGGAAGUGGACAUUCAAAGGAUACGUACAGCAGUGACGAUGGCAAACACGGAAAUGUAAUGAAGCGAACGAACACCAGAGGUGGGCGUCAUGAUACACGUGGACCUCCAACUCGUGGCUACGGUGGAAACAAUAACUAUCGUGGCAAUUCGAACUGGAACAACGGUCGACGUGGCCGACCAAACCGAUACAAUGAUUUCAGUGAGAGCGAAGGAUCUGACGAUGAAUACCAUGGUCGUGGAAACCGUGAUCGCAAAGAUGAUCGAUUCAAACACGAUUCGGGUAGUCGCCGUGGCGAUGGCCAACAGUCCCAUCAAAAGGAUGUAUUUGUACCACGUGGCGAACCAUCUCGUCGUGGACGAGGAGGAGGAAGAUCGGCUGGUCCAAUCGUGAAACGCAUCGACAACUAUGGGCCACCAAAUGCAAAAAGUCCAUUUGGACCAAGUGACGAGAAAGCCGAAUUGAAACCAGAAACAACAGCUGAAGAGCCAGUUAGCAAGAAGAGCGAGUCUCAAUCCGCUGAUGAAAUUGCUACGCAUGCAACUGAUUCAUCAGACGGAAAAGUGUCAAAAGUUGAUGAUAAGAAGGCACUGCCAGUAAAACCAGCAUUCGGUGGUUCAUCACAGGCUCCUCAACGCAAGGAUUCCACUGGUCAAAAAGUUGAAACUCAAACAAUAGUAAAAUCGGAUGAUGCAUCAAAAUCGGUUUCAAUCCCAACUCAACCACCACAGCUCCAACGCACUGAAAAGACUCCACCAUUCUCAGGAGAUAAACAGCAACCCAGUGGUGGAAAUCAAGCGGCCAUUGGAAGUAAGCCAGACAAAAUUGUUGCCGUUAAAAAAGAUGAUUCAAACUAUACGCACAGCACACGUGGCACAGCGCCAGUAAAUCGCGGCAAGCCACAGAUCAAUGCUCAAACGACAUCCAAACCGGUGAGCCAAUCUAUUCCGGCCAAGCCAGUGGGAGGUAACGCAAAACCAACAUCAAACCCCAGUCAAUCUCAACAACCGGCUAUUGCGCCAUCAGGUGUUGUGGGCAGUGGAAAUCCAGCAAAUCGUCCACAGCAACCAAAUAAAAUGGCACCAAGAUUUGUGAAACAGCAACGCGAUCGCACCGGUUCAAGUUCAUCAAAUACAUGGGACAAGAGUGACAUUGCUCACAUGGGCGAUGCCAAUGAAUCCGAUUUCACUCAACGUUCCAGCAGCAGUAUCCAAUCGAUCGACAAGCUGAGCCAAGAUAGCGGCAACAAAGUUGAUUCAACUACCAAAAUGUCCACGAUCAUUUUCGAAAAUACGAACUUUAAAUCGAUGCCCGGCCCGAUCAAACGCCAAACUCCAUCGAAUCAACAGCAAAUCCAGAAUCCAUCGCAACAGCCCCAACGAAGUGGUGUAAAUCAAUACGAUCAAGUACAGUCGAACAAUUUGGGUGGUCAUCAUCCCCAUCACCCGCAGAACCAACAUCAUCUCGACAAAAAGGCCGAUGACGUGUUCAAAAAUGCAUCGAGCGGUAACUUCCAAGACAUGCUCGACUCUCAACAACAGAUGCAAUCGCAAGUGCAACGCUCACAUCCAUCACAAACCGAUGUGAUAUCGUCGGCUCUACAAACCAUGUCAUUCCCCAAAUCCGAUGCUGAAUACGAAAAAGAUCUUAAAUUAGCGUUCACCUUCGAAUCGGAAAUUUUAAACGAUACACAAUCAAGUGAGAAAACUUCAAAGGGUGGUUUGUGCAUAGCGCCAUCACGUUCAACAGCCAUUCAUUCCGUUGCUAGUGGUCAAAACACGAUUUCACCAUCAAUUGCCGAUCUCAGCAAGAAAAUUACCAGCGUUAAAAAGGUGUGGGAAACGGUACAAACGAUGCAACCCGUAAUCGAGCAUGGAAACAAUUCAAACAAUUCGGGAAAUAAUGACGAUUCUCAUUUGUCGUCGACAUUCGUUUCAACCCAAAACCAACAGCACAUACACCAGUUUACGCAUUCGCAACAGCAAUUGCACCAAUCUGGCUUAGCAUCGUAUUCCAAUUCAUUUGGACCAGAUCCAAGCUCACUCGAUCAUUUCACAAAAUCUGGCGGACAAGAUGCCGAUAUCGACAAUGUUGGCUACAAUCCAAGCCCACAGCACAUGGUCGGCGGAAACAAUAAUUCACAUCCAAAUGCCGGUUUGAAACACAACGUUGACCCAUUGUCAGCCACGGCUAAUGUGUGCAAAGUGAAACCAAACCAGCCACCAAUGCACCAAUCAAGCCUCGGUCUAUCGCCACCGCCAAUGCAACAAGGGAUCCAAACGGCACCCCAACCAUAUUACCAACCGUCACAGUUUGGCGGUAUGUCAGCAAUUCCAUCACCUCCGGCCGUUCUGUACAAUUCAUCGCCGAUGCCAUCUCAAUACGGUCAUUAUGAGAGGUACAUCGCAUCGGCCCAUUAUGGAGGUGGAAAUGCAGGUACGAAUUUAUUUCCAAAAAAAUUUCAAGCACCAUACAACGCCCCGUACAUGCAAAGCGGUCCAAAUUUGCAACCGACACCAGCGCCAGAUAUGUAUCAAAAUAUGACAUCACAAUUCCGAAUGAGUGGAGCUAUCAAUCAGCCACCAUACAACCAACAACAGCAAAUAAACAAUCAGAGCACCGUACUCAUCUCUUCGACAUCGAAUUCUCUCAUGUCAGCAACAGUUAAACCGUCAUCUCAGAUCGGUGCAAUCGGAACAAAAGUGAAUGCAGGUCAAACACCGUAUGCACAACAAUACAUGGGCAUGUACGCUCCACCACAGCAACCACCGCCACAGAACAAUAGCUACAACAACUAUAACAACAGCUAUUUUGGAGCUCCCAAUGCCAAUUACGGUAUUCAAGCCACAGGCAUUUUCGGACCACAGGCGCAACCACCAUCUAAUGCAUCCAUGAAUCAGCAACCUGUGGCCAACUAUGGCAACUUCCUGGCUAUCAAUCGACAAUACCAGAGUCAACAAAGUAAUGCUUACUCGCAACAACAACCAUCGUCACGAUCCCAGCAACAACAGCAACAGAAUCCAAACCAGUCUCAAUCGCAACCACCAUCGGGUCAACAAUCGCAACAACAGUCCAAUUCAAAUUCACAAAAUCAAUCGGGUCCGCCGCAAUCACACUCACAGGAUAGCGUUUCGAAUUCGUUUUUCAAGUAAAACUCAACAAAAAAAAAAACAAA